AGCACAUGCUGCACCAUCAGCCCGGAUCGAAAACAAGAGGUGGAAAACAUCAAAAAUGAGGGAAACCAACUGAUGAAAGAAGAGAAAUAUACGGAGGCUCUGGUCGCAUACAAUCGUGCACUCAGCAUAGACGCAACCAACCCAGUGUUUUAUUGUAACCGAGCUGCUGCUUAUAGCCGAUUGGGUGACUACCAAAAAGCGGCCGAAGACUGCAAAAUGGCUCUGAGAUACGAUUCAAACUACAGCAAAGCAUACGGUCGUCUUGGGUAAGUUCACUCAAAAAUGAACAAGAACAAGGAAGCCGAAGGUGCAUACAAGAAUACACUUCCUUUGGAUCCAGACAACGCUCAUUACCAAAACAACUUGAGUGACAUCCAAAAACGCAUCCAAGAAGGUCAAAGCGCAGAUUUAAGUGACGGCGAUUUCGAUGUCGAAUUUCAUUUUCCAGCCUCAACGAACAUUGUCACCGAAAUGAUCGGACUAGCACAUCGACAUACGAUUUCAGACUUGAACAGCAAUCAAUCAUCGGACGCGAACAAUGCUUAAAAUUAUUUCGAAAUUGGAUGUCAAUAUGCUGAAGAAAUACGUGAGCAAAAUCCGGAGAUGUUUGAGGCAUCCAACCAAGAAAUGCGAACAUUUUUUGAUAUGCUUCGAAAUAAUCCGAAUCCAAAUAAUCCAGACCAACCGCCACCGCAUCGAUCUGAACAAAAAUGAUGUCAUUUAUUCUUCACAUCACAAACAACAACAAGC